UGGAACCAUAUGCAUUUAGCUUUUGAUACCCAAUUUCAUUUUGGAAUAAUUUUGGAAUAAUAUCAAGUUCGUCAUCUCGCCAGAAACCAACUGAGGUGACAAGAACCGGAAAAGUGUUCCUUCACCUUCUAUGGCGCUGUACCGGUGGGAUGUUUUUCACCCUGUAUGCGUUUUGGACAGCGCGCAACAGGCUGGAAUAAUGCCAAUAAACAACUGGGAGCAUUAACAGUGUUGCGGACAUCUAUCAUUUACUUCAGUGACUUUAUUUUGUCCAGCAUCUGUGCCACUGAUGUGCGCGCAUUCUCUACCUUCUGGAAUAAUUAAUAUAGCAAGCGCUUCGGAUCUGUGUGAAAGGACAGCUUCUGAGAAUUACCAACUUCGCAUUUUCUGAAUAAUACAGGGGUGGUUGCUGCCUGGGGAAAAUGGCCUCGUUAGAUCCUACAUCGCCUUUCAACAACACGACAGAGACGACACUUUUCAACCGCACCAUCAUGCCGUACUACCGGCACUCCACCGCCAUGGCCAUGAGCUACAUCCUCUCCUACAUCCUCGUGCUCCUCUUCUGUGUCGGCGGCAACGGACUCGUGUGCCUGGUGGUGCUGCGCAACCGCAACAUGCGCUCCGUGACCAACCUGUUCAUUUUGAACCUGGCCAUCAGUGACCUUCUGGUGGGAGUGUUCUGUGUACCGACCACUUUGAUUGACAGCCUAAUAUCAGGUUGGCCCUUUGACCAGCUGACAUGCACCAUGAGUAAUUUGGUCCAGGGGAUGUCUGUUGCAGCGUCUGUGUUCACACUGGUGGCUAUUGCUGUUGACAGGUUCAGGGGCAUCGUGUACCCCUUCCGGCACCGCACGCGGCCCGUGACGGCCCUCUUCGCCAUCCUCUUCAUCUGGCUGCUGGCCUUCGCCGUCAUCUUCCCCUCGGCCGCCACGCUGACGGUGGCGCACUACGCCAACGCCUACAUGGAGCAGGGCAACCGCACCUACCCGCUCUUCGUCUGCUACGAGGACUGGCCGCGGCCCGAGAUGCGCCGCAUCUACACCACCGUCAUCUUCGUGCACAUCUACCUGGCGCCGCUGGUGGUCAUCAGCGUCAUGUACGGCUGCAUCGCCGCCAAGCUCUCGGCCAAGCUGAGGCAGACGGGCGCGACGACGGGCGCCACCACGGGCCAGGCGGCUGAGACGCGCCGAGGCCAGCGCUCGCGGCGCCGCGUGCGCGUCAUCAAGAUGCUCAUCAUGGUGGCGCUGCUCUUCAUGGUCUCCUGGCUGCCUCUGUGGACGCUCUGGCUCAUGGCCGACUACCAGGACCUGAGCCAGCGGCAGGUGGACUUCCUCAGCAACUACCUGUUCCCCGUGGCCCACUGGCUGGCCUUCUCCAACAGCGGCAUCAACCCCAUCAUCUACGGCUUCUUCAACGAGAACUUCCGCCGCGGGUUCCAGGCGGCCGUGGCCUGCCGCUCCUGCGCCUCGCUGGGCAUGGUGGUGGUGCGGCCCGGCGCCGCCGCACGCUUCAUCCUGCCGCCGCCCAACAAGGUGUCCCAGGAGUUGAUGCCGCCGUGCGGUGGCGGUGGCGGUGGCGUUGGGGGCGGUGGCGGUGGGGGCAGGGUUCCUCCUCCUCCGCUCCACGGCACGCAGGGAAUCCUGCUGCAGGACGUAAACAGGCUGGGGAUGAGCCGCCGCGUCAUGGGGGCCUGGGUGGAGUGAGUGGCAGUGGGUGGAGCAAUUGCACACAAGGCCCCAGGGCAAGACACUUAUUAUAGGGCCCCCCAUACAACCUGCCAAGUCACAA